GUGCAUGAAGUGCUUUGGAAUUGGUUCCAUUUUCCCGUGCCCGUGCUAGCGAGACCGGCAAGUAAAGCACAGGGGAAAAGGGUGCAGUUUUUGUUUGAUUAGGGUAAUACCCAUUACAAUAUUUCGCAAGCUAUGGCAGGAGACGCCAAAGUAGAAGAGGGCCAAUUAAAAGGUCUGUCGAAGUAUUUCAAUUCAACUACGAAUACCGGGAGGGCAAAUGUAGCAAAGGCUACAUAUGCUGGUGUUGGUCUUGUUAUAUUAUAUUUCAUGUUGAAACCAAAGAAGAAGUGAUCCAAAGUUUGUGAGGAUUAGUACCAAAUCUGUAAAUAAACUGCAACUUGUGAUUUAAGUAUUAUAAAUUCUCAACACAGUGCAUUGUAUAAUUGAAUACAGCAUUAAAUUUUGUAAGAAAUUAAUUUUUAUUAAUUAAUGAGAUGUGUGGCCAAAUCUCAUGAUAUUAAUACUGUCAGUAAUUUCAUUGCAUUUAUAUCACGAUGUUAUAAAUGAAUAUAAAUAACAAUAAAUACACAGUUGCUUGUUUCUCCAUGUAA